UGAAGCGUCUGGUUGAAAGGUUGUUGUAAGCCCAAGAAUAACUAAAGUGAAUUAAGAAGUUUUAUUAUUAUUAUUAUUACUAUUCCAUUUGUGUUGUGUUGCCCCAUAUUCGUGUGCUGCAUUGUCCCGGGAAAAGUUAAAAAAAAAAAUAGAAGAGAAAAACAUCUUAGGCAAUUGCAACUGCAACAUCAACUGUGCAACCUCAACUGUGAAGCUUUUACCCGCCCGCUAUUUUGGCGGCCUAUUGGGCAAUCGCCAUCUCGCAUGCGACUCAACUGCUUUAUAGGCCAUGCAAAUUUGCGGCAAUCUCCGGCUUUGGUGUUGUCGCUCCAUUUACUAGUAGAAAACUACGAGUGCGCCGAGUAUUGGUAAAGUAAACAAGCGAAACACGAGUGCAACGGCAGCGGCAUUGCCAAUAAAAACGAAUUGAUUGUAAUUGCUUCUUAAGGCGAAAAGGCGAGUCGCGUAAAACGCUCAACCGCACGCGGUUUUUGUUGCCUUGUCGAUCGGUUUCAAGUGCAUGAAAGUAAGUGCAAGUGCUAAGAAAACGAACAAACAAACAAGCAAACAUUGCAAAAGGUUGAAGCAUAAAUCAAACUCAAGUAGUGGGAGUCGAAAAAGGAAUCGCUUUCCGACUAAACAAAAGGAGUUCAAACAAGAUCUACCAACUGCAGACACAGCAGCAACAUGUUGCCGAGAAUAACUUUUGUGUUCAUCAUCAUUUGUGGAUAUUUAUUAUUUACUGAUUGCCAUGAAACAGUUCGUUCCAAGCGAGCCAAACGCCCACGAGCACCGGAACCGGUAAACUUUGAGCCGGAGCCGCAGCAGGAUCUGGAGAACGAUGAGAACGGCAGCCAGGAGAAGGAUCUUCCGGAGAUACCGGACAACUUUCUGAGCCCCUCGGUUCGGGAGUAUCUGGAGCUGGGCAAAUCCAUUCCCGGUCGUCCUGGCGUUGACUAUCCCAUACUGUCGGCGGUACCGUACACCAACUUUUACUGCGACGAGCAGGAGUAUCCUGGGUUCUUUGCCGACAUGGAGACAAGGUGCCAGGGCUGGCACUACUGCGACAUCGAUGGACGACAGGCCACGUUCCUCUGCCCAAAUGGCACCCAGUUCUCACAGGCGGUCUUCGUCUGCGACUGGUGGUUCAAUGUGCGCUGCGAUCUCUCACCCCGGCUGUAUGCCAUUAACGCCCGUCUCUACCAGCGCCCCAAGGUGAAUCCCACUCGGCCACAUCGCAUCAUCACCAAACAGCUGGUCGAGGACAUCUUCACCUGAGCACCGAGUGAUCUUCCCAUUAAUAAAUGUAGCUUAAGUUUGCCUAUUAGUUAAUACAUUAGUAUGUGCUUUUAUUAUGCUGUAAAUUCAGACUUAGAAUCUAAUGGUUAUGACCAUUUUUCAACAAGUUAAUGCGCUAUAGUCCUAAGUCGGAUGAUUUGUACAGACUUCUUUCUUGCUGUAAAGACUUUGAUAUAUUUCUAAUAGUUUCAAAAGACUUUUAAGCAAAGUGUAAGCAAUGCAUUCAACAAUCUAAUGUUUUGCAAUUUGUGUGCUCUAUUUUAAAAAUAUUUAUUUUUAAAAUAACUUUCAUCAGCUCUACGGGAAACAUUCAAGUUAGAAAUAUCACUUUAAGCUAAAAUAAAAAUUCA